UAACUUAUCUACUAUGAACUGGCCCAAAAGCUCCGUGCAAAAUAAAAAUAGGACGUACCAACUAGACCUAGAUACGUUACUAUCGAUAGAAUACGUCUGUGCACGAAUUACGAUAACGUAUGGUUUAAUCCGCUACACACAUCCGACUGCGAACCGUCGCGCGUCGAGACGAUACAAUGACUGGCUUAAUAGCGAGGCGAGGUGCGUCGAUGGCGGGGGAGGUGCUCCCGCGCCUCAUACCCCGACUGCACUUAUAGCCUUAAUAGACGUUCGAAUAUGGUGCGUUCGAACCGACGGACCGGACGGUGCGCUCGACACGCCACACCACCGCACCGCGUCAAAGACGGUCCAGUGCUUUCCGUGCAGUAGUGAUCACGUCGACAUGCCUCCAACGUUAACCAAACAAGCCAAAAUCGCGUUAGUUGCGGCAACCGUUGUAGCUAUUACACCUAUCAAAAAGGAGAGAAAAAAAAGAAAAGAAUGGGCAAAAUUCUAUUUAAAAGACAGAGAGUCAUACAGUCAUAUGCGACUUAUAAAAACCUUGAUGAUGAAGAUUUUCGUAUAUAUCUUCGCAUGAGUUCCGAUUCAUUUGGUGAAUUGCUUGAACUUGUGAAACCAUAUAUAACUAAAACCAAUACAGUUAUGAGAAAAGCUGUGACAGCUGAAGAGAGAUUAGUGGCAACAUUAAAAUAUCUCGCGUCAGGGAGAGAAUUCAGAGAACUCAAAUUCGGUACAAGUAUAUCAUCGCAACUAUUGUCCGACAUAAUACCAGAGACUUGUGAAGCAAUCUGUAAAGUGCUUAAAAAUUAUAUAAAGGUUCCUGAAACAGAAAGUGAAUGGUUAAAAAUAGCAAAAGACUUUGAACAAAAAUGGCAUUUUAAUCAUUGUGUGGGUGCAAUUGAUGGAAAGCAUAUUCUUAUCGAAAAGCCACCGGACUCUGGUUCAACAAAUUAUAAUUACAAGGGAACAUUUAGCAUAGUUUUGCUUGGCAUUGUUAAUGCCAAUUACGAAUUUAUUUACGUAAACGCAGGUAUAAAUGGGAGUAUUUCUGAUGGUGGAGUAUUUAAUCAUACAUCGUUUCAUGAAAAGUUGUUGUCUGAUCAACUGAAUUUACCACGACCAUCUGUCUUGCCGUCAUCAGAUGUAGUUGCUCCAUAUUGUUUAGUUGCAGACAGUGCAUUUGCCAUGAAUGAAAAUCUUAUAAAGCCAUAUCCACAGAAAAACCUGACACAUGAUAAAAGAAUAUACAACUAUAGACUUUCCAGGGCUAGGAGAAUUGUUGAAAAUACAUUCGGUAUAUUAGCUGAACGCUUUAGGGUAUUCAAAAAACCCAUCACUAUUAAUGUUAAAAAUGUACCAAUAAUAGUAAUGGCUUCAUGUUUCCUGCACAAUUUUCUGCUAAAAAAGUCUGCAAAGUACGUCACGAGGAAUUGUGUCGAUCAGGAAGAUACUACAAAUAAUACUUUUCGAUCAGGAGAUUGGCGGAAAAAUGACAUCUCAGUAAAUCUCAAUAGAACAGAUAGACAACGUACCGCAGAUGGUAAUGCGGUUAGACAGAUAUUUACAGAAUAUUUUAACAAUCAAGGCCGUGUUGAUUUUCAGGAAAGAAUGAUUAACGUACUAAAUAUUUAAGUACUUACUUGGCUAUCGAUUCCCUCUGAUAUCGGAAUUGUUUUCUCGUGAAGAAAAGUUAAAUACGGAUAGUACCAUAGUGAAGGAGUGUGUACGUCUUUCGACCCAGCACCAGUUGAUUUGCUGGCUUCCACCUGCAAAUAAUUAUACACUGUAAUAUUUAUGAUAAAAAAGCAAAUAGGUAGUCUAUUGCAUUGAUGUUGUAAUUUGAAAAUUUGGUGUAAAACAUGGACUAAGACAGGGUGUGUCGUAAAUAGUGGUGCAACGUUGAGGAGUCGAUAGAAGAGACCUGUGCCUUUCCCCAAAAAAUAUGAAAAGUCCUCACAAUUUUAUUUUUUCAGUUUAUAUGAAAAUAUUCUGAAAUUCUAAGAAUUUUUCAUACAAGCUUCAAAAAACUUUUGGUGAAGAUUUUUUUAUAUUUUUUGGAGAAAGGCAAAGGUCUCUACUAUCGACUCCUCAACGUUGGACCACUAUUUACGACACACCUGUAUAUCUCUGUAAUAUUAUAUUGUUUUCGGAAUGAAAAGCAUGUAAGGAACUGGAUUAGUUAAUUUUAUUUAGGUAUCACAAAUAAAAUAUUAAUUUUA